ACAUAUCUCCACCUCUAAUUCCGAAGAAGACUUGAUAUUUAUCUAUACGGUACCUCCCGGCAAGAGGGUUCCGGGACACCUGAGUAGAUACCUACAUCCAGAAUACGAAAUGGCUCCUCUCGUGUGGUUCAUCACAGGCGCCUCCUCCGGCUUCGGCCUGGAUCUCUCCCUGCACGCCCUUGGGGCCGGCCACCAGGUCAUCGGAACCGUCCGCAACGCAACCAGGUCCGCGGAAGCUGUCCGUCAAAUCCAAGAGAAAGGAGGCAAGGUCCUUGAGUUGGACGUAACAAACGCAGAGGCCGUCCCCGAAGUCGCAAACCAGGCGCUUAGGUUGUAUGGUCACAUCGACGUUCUAGUCAACAACGCCGGGUACUCAUUACUGGGCGCGGUAGAGGACAUCAAAGAGGAGGAAAUAUACCGCCAGAUGGAGACGAACUUUUACGGGCCCGUGCGACUCAUCCGUGCGUUUCUCCCUGCGCUGCGCGCCCGUGGUAGCGGAACUAUUGUCAAUAUCAGCAGUAUCGCCGGGCAAGACGGGCUGCCAUCGUGUGGAUUCUACGCGGCAAGCAAAUUCGCCCUGGAGGGAAUGUCGGAGGCGCUGGCGCGCGAGCUCGCCCCCUUUAACAUCGCGGUCCUGAUUGUGGAGCCUGGCGCAUUCCGCACGAAUUUCCUUUCCGCCGUGCAAAGGAAUGAAACGGGCCUCUCGGAGCCGUACCAAGGCGGACCGGUGGAUAUUGCUCUGGGCAGAUUCGAUUCAAUGCAGGGGCACCAAAAGGGGGAUCCUCUCAAGGCUGUAAAGGGGUUAAUGGAGGUUAUUACCGGAGAAGGACAGGCCGGAGGAUUGAAGGGCAAGAUCUUGCGAUUGCCGCUAGGUCCUGACUGUGUACAGAGGCUGGAAGGGAAGCUGAAGAGCGUCUCGCAGGAUCUGGAAAUGUCGCGGGAUUUGGCCAUGAGCACGAAUUUUUGAACGGGCUGUAGAAUGAAUGGAUUGGAAUUACAGAGCGCAAGCAUAAGGGUGACGUUAUGAGAUGAAAUACAAAAUAAGUCUAACAGUUAGUAGUAGUAUCUGGCCUUGACUUGUCCUCUCUCACUCACGGAAACGGAAACGAGAAGGCUUCCUUUCUUCUCUGUAGUUUUGAUGAGUGUAUAACCAUACUUGGGUGUCUUCGAUACGGGCUCUUUUUACGGGAGAGAAAGUUUCGAGCCAGACAUACGUAGAGUACUUGGUCAAGCCCGGCUGGUAGCUUAGGGUUCACAUCGUGCGCAGCUGUAUUGAGUAUAGC